AUGGUUUCGGGCAGCCUGAUAUCGAGCAUCAUCAUGGGGCUGUGCUGUGUUCUAGGCCUCCCUGGUAACAUAGCUGUCCUGGUGGUCAUCCUGCGCCGCUCGUCCCGACGCCUCAACUUCACCCUGUGCCUCAUGCUCAACCUGGCUUCCUCUGACAUCCUGUGCCUGGCCACGGUUCCCGUGUGGAUCUAUACUCCCCGGCAAGACUGGACUCGUGCUGCAUGCAAGUUAGCCACCUUCCUGCUCUGCUUCAGCAUGUGUUCUAACGUGCUAACGGUUACUCUACUCGGUGUCCAUCGCUACCUCCAGGUGCUCUACCCGCAGAUGUGGAACAGGCUGGGGCGCAAGGGGGAGGCGGUGCUGUUCCUGGCACUUUGGGGGCUCGCCGGUGCUCUGACUGCCCCCACCGUUGCCAUUCGCGAUGUGGUUGAUGGCCGGCCCUAUUGCCAGCGACACACUGGCUCCGAUGCUGAAAGAGUUGCUGUCCUUGUCUUGGAGAUAGUUUUAUGGUUUGUGGUCCCGUUCUCUGUGCUAGUCACGUCCUACUGCCGCCUCCACCGGCGGGUGAACCAGACGGCGCUGUUCAGCAGUGCCAAAAUGACCUGCCUGGUCACCAGUGUGGUGGUCACCUUCUUCAUCCUCUGGAUCCCUGUGCACAUUGUCAAAGUGUUAGUUAUCGCCUGCAUUGUGCUGCAGACAUCCUCUCCAGAGGUGUCAGAUGCGCUGCGGAGCCACGGAAAAGCGUUAGCGGUUGUCGCCGUGUGCUUUAUGGUUAUUAACUGCUGCCUGGACCCCUUCUUGUACGCCUUCGCCUCGCGGAGGAUCCGUGAGCAGCCCAAGUCGUCGUCGAGGGGCGAAAACAGGAUGCAGGUCACAAAUAUCUGA